ACGUCCUGUCACCCUGUCAUUCGGAAAGAAAUAUAAAACGGCUUUAUUGUCAACGUCGAUCUGUCCAUCAUACCAUCUUCUAGAUUAACACACAUCAUACGACAAACAUGGUAAAAGGUGGUCGAUUCUUCGCUCCUCGUGAAAAGAGACCGGUGGCGGCGGUUUAUAGAGGUCCAGUUUCAUGUCAUUAUUGUGCUGAAUCAGUGGCACAUUUGAUGAGAAAAUCUCCAAUGAAAUAUAAAGUUCAUUAUUUAGGUCCAAAUGAAGAUCAUGAUAUCAGUCCGGCAACUUUGAGUCAUUUGGACGUUUUUGCUUGGCCAGGCGGUGGUGAUGAUGAAAAUAAAGAUUAUCUAAAAGUUCAAGGUUAUACAGAAGCUAUUCAAGAUUACGUCAAAGGUGGCGGUCGUUAUGCAGGUUUUUGUUUGGGCGCUUUCUUUGCCAGAGGACCAAAGAGCAAUCAAACUUUCUUUGGUCUUCUUCCUGAAGGUUCUUAUACCAGCGGAGAGAGAUUUCAACCUGGCGCUCAAACUUCAUCUACAAAUGAUACAAUCGUCUUGACAGAUUGGACUUUUGGUUCAGGUCCAAAGAAAGGUCAAACAGUCAAAGAUCGUUGGCAAUACUUUCAAGAUGGCGGUCAAUUUCAUAUCGAUAAAAACGUAAAAGGCGCGAAGAUUUUGGGUAGAUACGUCUAUACCAAAGAUCCCAGCGCAGUAAUCGUUCCGUUCGGUAAAGGAUCAGUUGGCUUGAUCGGUUUCCAUCCUGAAGCAGAUCAAUCAUGGUAUGAUGACUAUAACAUUGUCAAUCCACAAAACAUUUCUGUAAGUGUGUCAAAUUGCGAGAAUGGAAGGAUAAUUGCUGAUUGACUUCUCUCCUCAACAGUACGAGCUUGGAUAUGACUUCUUGCGUACGCUACACGAAUCACAAGGCAAAGGUGUCUCUUCCAACGAUGUCAAAACAAGCGCAAGCUUAAACGUCCAACACACCCAACAAGGCCACAAGAGAUCUAGUACGUACGAAA